AUGGGUCCAAACUCAGUUGAGAAGACCUUCCACUUCUCCUCAGUCAUGCUGCGCCCCGCGGUCCUCAGCCUCCUCCUGUCUCUCGCCAGCUGCGCCGUCAUCCUCGAGAAUGGCAUGCCCAUCCUGUGGGCUCAAACGGCCGGCCAGGUGACUGACCUUCCCACGCAGAACGGCGUUGUGACCCCCGACCCCUGGAACUUCCUUCACCGCAUGAGUCUCUACCGGCUGAUGAUCGCCGUCACGGACCCAUUCAUGGGCUCCAUGGGGACGAAUGCCACUGACAGUCCCAUCUGGGGACUGCCGCUGCAGUUGGGAUGGAUGCUAACAUCAGGCCGUCUCGCUGACCCAACUGGUGCUACGACCUGCGGCCUGGCAACAGGAGAUACCAAGUGUAUUUCUCCUCAGAGCUGGUGGGGCUGUGUGAACUACUUUGCCUCUGCACUACCCUUCAUGUCCGCUGCAGAGCAGGGCUUGAUGGGAGCUGGAGUUCAGGUCCAGAUGCAGGCCCCUGAAGGUGUAACGGACUAUUGCACAACAUAUGCCUCCUGUGCAGUUGCCUACCCCGACGUCAUAGCUAAGUGGGAUGCCUUCUUCCAGGGUCUCAAGGCCACGGCUGAGUCUCCUCUCCCUGAAAAUGAAAAGAAAGACUCUCUGCUCGGUCUCUACUGGGAGGCCCAAAUGGCUUCAUCUUAUGGCUCUUCUGCAUGCAUCGCCAGGCAGAACCACUACUCCUCUGUAGAGGUCGCCUUUUCUAAGAACUGGGAGAACUCGGCCGAGUACGUCUCUGCGGCACAUUUCCAAUCCAAUUUGGAGAACUCUGCCAUGUUCAUAGCCCCUCUCCCAAGUCGUAUUUUACAGGUGGGCGACACUGCGCCCAACAUAGCCGAUCUGAGUGAGGCGGAGAACCACACACUUUACAUCUUCUCCUGGAUCAACAGCAUCAACAAUUUACUGGCCGGGUCCCUGGUGCGCAUGUGGAAAGGCGCCAUGUGUUCGGUGACCACGAGGGAGAAAGGCCGAGAGAUGCUGGGUCAGCUCCUCCUGAAUCCCGGAUUCGCCACCAGCACUUUCCUGUCCAUCAUCUCUGAAAUGACUCGCGGCUGCUAAAACAAUCACACUCUCGCUGACGGAGAGAU